CCUUCAGAACUCUGAGACAGACAAUAUUCUGUUACAUUGUAGCAAGAUGGCGACUGUCAUUCACAACCCCCUGAAACCACUUGGGGAUCAGUUCUAUAAAGAAGCAAUUGAGCACUGUCGCAACUACAACUCCAGACUAUGUGCCGAACGCAGUGUCCGCCUUCCGUUCCUCGACUCACAGACUGGUGUGGCUCAAAACAAUUGCUACAUCUGGAUGGAGAAAAGGCACAGAGGGCCAGGUGUGGCUCCAGGACAACUAUAUACAUACCCUGCGAGGUGUUGGAGAAAGAAGAGACGCUUACAUCCUCCUGAAGAUCCCCGGUUACGACUUUUGGAGAUAAAAUCAGAUGUGGAUUAUCCUUUACGGAAAGACAAUGUUUUGUCAGAAGGGACCACUCUAGAGGCUCUGCUACGAGGUGAUGGACUAGAAAAGAAAGAUAUCAGAGAUGAGGAUAGUCUACAAGAAAUCCAGAGAGUUCUAGAAAAUGAUGAAAAUGAUGACGCAAAUGGUGAUGACGACCUUGAUGAAGAAGUUCCUAAAAGAAAAUACCGGAGCAGGGGGCGGGCUCGUGGUGGAAGGAGGAGGAAUGAUACAUCAUUUGAUGAGCAUGACAAACCUUACGUAUGCGACAAUAGUUACAAACAAAAGCAUAAUCCAAAAACAGCCGACAAAGUUUGUGGAAAGCGUUACAAGAACAGACCUGGACUCAGCUACCACUACGCUCAUACUCACCUCGCAGAUGAAGAAGGAACAGACAGCAGAGACCAGGACACUCGAUCCCCGUCCUCCCCUUCCAUCCACAGAAGUGAAAACCAGAAACCUCGGAAAGGGUCAGAUGGUGCUAUACUUUCAAACAACUACUGUGAUUUCUGCCUCGGAGACUCAACCAUGAACAAGAAGAGUGGACAACCUGAAGAGCUUGUAUCCUGUGCUGACUGUGGACGUUCUGCUCAUUUGGGAAGAGAAAGCAGAAAGGAGGAGAUGAGCAACGCAGAGGACUUGUUCGGUUCCACUUCAGAAAGCGACACUUCUACGUUUCAUGGCUUUGACGAGGAUGACUGGGAGGAGCCUUCCUCUGUCCAAGCCAAAAACUCCCCUACUGCUGAGGACCGGGGAGACUGCUAAAGAGAGUUAUCCGGAUGAACCUAUCUCCUUCCAGUUACUUCCAAUCCUGUUAACUUAAUUUUUGUCAUUUAAUUUUGCCCUACCCCUGGUCUUUCUUCUGCAUUUACAAAGCACAACUGGAUGUUUUAUUUUUAUUUUUUCUGAGCUUGAUUAAAAUGAAAACUGUGGCUUACAAUUUUUUUCUCUACUUUGCAAUAAGAAGAAUUUCCAGUAUUAGCAACGCUCAGCUGGCUUAAAGGCCACGUGUGAUUGACAACUGAAUUUCCAUAAUACUGGUUCUUAAAUAUUACAACAAAAAUAGAAGGCAGCAAAACACUGGAAGUCUACUUUAAUUCUGUCUGCGACCCUAAUUACCUCACUGACAGAAGACUUGCGAUCAAUGAUGGUUUCUACGACUAAUCAGAUUUUGCACCCAUUGUAUGGAAAAAGCCUGACUUUAAAGAGAACACUGUACAAGGAGCAAGUUCCUCCUUAUUUUCCUUCACCCGAUCUUCUGCAUAAGGUCAGAAGGUGUUUAGGUAGAGAACAAGCAUAAAAGGGCAAAUGGGAUAAAUACCUCAGUCUUGCUUUUCCUUCUUCAAUGGUUUAUAUAUGCUAUUUAUUUUUGUGGCUGAAAGGACUCCCUGAUGUCUAAAAGGCACCUUUUUGUCUUCUUUAUUAAUACCACCUACUAGAAGAUACCAAAGCAGUACCCGUUAUUGGUCCACAGGGCAACGGAAAUGAGACCAAACUAUCGUCAAACCUGCUGAGCUGAAAUCAGGCUGAA